AUGUCACAACGCAUAAUAAUACCUGGUGAUUCACUUAGCAUAGAGACCGAAGGUAUUAAGACAAGUAUCGGUCCAGGAAUUUACAAAAAUCCAAAGUCCCAAAAGGUGAUUCCUUCGUCCGCUGGAAUUUUGAAUGUCAAAGUUAAUAAGAAGAAUACCAACCAAGUUGUUUAUACUGAUUCCAAUUCAAAAAGAUACAUACCGCAAGCAAAUGAUUUCGUGAUCGGAAUAGUGGUAGGAGUUAUUGGUGAGCAAUACAAGAUACAGCUUCAGGAGUAUUCAACCAACGUAUUAUUGUCCAUGAUGGCAUUUCCUAAUGCCACUAAAAAGAACAGACCUAAUUUGAAAAAUGGUCAGGCAGUAUAUGCUAGAGUGUCACAAGCAAUCCCAGAGAUUGAUAUUGAGAUAGAAUGUAUUGAUCCAGUCACCGGAAAAGAUGGAGGUUUCGGUUUACUUGAUGAAUCAGGUUACAUAUUCGAUGUGAACUUGAACUUUGCCAGAGAACUUUUAUUCAACCCUAGCAACAUCUUUUUGGAAACUUUAGCUUCAAGAUGUCAAUUUGAAAUUGCUAUUGGAAUAAAUGGAAAGAUCUGGAUCAAGUGUGGUGAUGGAUUGAAGAUUGACAAGGACGAGACCAAAGAUGAAAAGGAAGAUGAUGACGAAGACACUCCAAGAAAAGUCGACACCUCCAACUCAUACUUGAAGGACUUAAAGGCCACAUUGGCAGCUGCCAGAUUCUUAACAAGAUGCCAAUUUAUUCGUCCUGAAGAGUUGGAUAACGAAUUAACCGAGGCCUUCAGGGCCAACUGA